AUGUUAAAAAAAAUUGUUUUGCUCUUGAUCCUCAUAAUAGCUAUCUAAGCUAGACACCAUAAGCUGAGACACACUAAAUCAGUUGUUGGACAUAACUUAGCAAUGAAACCUGGAGAUGCUUGUUUACCAACAACCAAUUUGGGUGGACAGAAAAAAGAAGAAACAGCUGCCAACUAAGCCAGAAAACAUUUGACUAAAUUUGCUGAUGAUUUGACUGAAGAAAAUAGAAAAGCAACAGAGAAAGAGCCUUUCCCCAAUUUAUACACAUACUAAGAUGAUAAUUGUGUUGGAAAAGCCUAAGAUCCUCCAAAGAGAGAUAGAAGAAUGAGAAGAAGCUGA